AUGUCAUCAUCAGCUUCAUCAAAAUCAUUGGGUAAAAAAUAUAAACAUGGUCCAAACAAGAAAACUAAAGUAGCAAAAGUAUUCCCAAAACAUGUAAAUACACCAGCAGGUACAGAUGACGCAAGAGUUAACUUUUUCUUCAAGUCAGCACGUGGUUUAGAACAAGGAGAAUUGAAUCAACUUUUACAAGCAUCUUGGGAAGUAUCACCAUUGGAUACCUUGAAAUUAGUAUUCCAAUUACGUGAUUGUCGUGGUGGUAAAGGUGAACGUACCCUUUUCCAACAAAGUUUGGUAUGGAUGAAUGGUGUAUCACCAAGCACUGUUGAGAAAAACUUUAAACAUGUACCAGAAUUUGGAUCAUGGAAAGAUGUCGUCCAAUUAAUUGGUACCACCGUUGAGCCAUUAGCAUUGGAGUCAAUUACCACCCAAUUGAAAAAAGAUGUUGAAAGUUUAUCAAAGGAUCAAGAGAAGGCCAAGAUUUCAUUAGCUGCAAAAUGGGCACCAACUGAAGGUCACUCUGAUCCAACCUCAUCAAAAGCCUGUAAAAAGAUUGCCCUCUUACUUUCUGCCAAUAAAUCCACCGCCAAGAAAGACUAUAGAAAGAAUUAUUUAGUACCAUUAAGAAAACAUCUCGAUGUUGUAGAACGUAAAAUGUCUGCCAACCAAUGGAAUGAAAUUAGUUACUCAAAGGUACCAUCACGUUGUAUGAAAUUACAACGUAAAGCUUUCGAACGUCAUGAACCAAGUUUAUUCGCUGAAUAUAUCGAAUCCUUAAAGAAGGGUGAAACCAAAGUAAACGCUAAACAAUUGUUCCCACACGAGAUCGUUAAGGAAUAUCUCAAAGGUAUUGCAAAGGAUGACAUCCUCGAAGAGCAAUGGAAAGUAUUGGAACAAGAAGUUAGAAAAUUAGGUUCCCUCAAGGAUGCUCUCGUCCUCAGUGAUGUCUCUGGUAGUAUGAGUGGUACACCAAUGGAAGUUUCAAUUGCACUCGGUAUCUUGAUUUCAUCAGUUGUCGCACCACCAUUCAAAGAUUUAGUUAUCACUUUCCAUGAAACACCAACUUUCCACAAGGUCACAGGUGAUUCUUUACGUGAUAAAGUUUCAAAUUUAGCUGCUGCUCCUUGGGGUGGUUCAACAAACUUUAACCGUGCUUUCGAGAUGAUCUUGGAAAAAGCCAAACAAAAUAAAUUGCCACAAGAAGAUAUGCCAAAGAAAUUAUUCGUAAUCUCUGAUAUGGCUUUUGAUACUGCCGAUGGAAAAUACUCAAAGAAAUCCAACCAUGAUGCUAUGAUUGAUCAAUACAAAGAUGCUGGUUACGUCCCACCACAACUCAUUUACUGGAAUGUAAAUGGUAACUCUCAAUGUGGUGUUACUGACUCUUCAAAAACUGAAGGUGUUGGUUUAAUCUCUGGUUUCUCACCAUCAAUCUUAAAAGCUGUCAUUGAAACUGGUGAAUCCUCUUCCAUCACUCCAAAGGAUUUAAUGGAAGCUGCAAUCAAUGAUAAAAGAUAUGCCGAUUUAGUUGUUUAA